CCUGAAGACAUAGCUCCUACAACUUCUACAACUUUGUUGGAUUCUCAUCCACAAUUCGAGUGCCCAAGUUCAGUGGUCACAGACCCCUCUCCUCUGAUAGUAUCGCAAAUAUCUGAGUCUUCGGGGGAUAGUCCAGCAAUCAUGGACAAAUAUGCCAUGAGCAAAGAAUUCGAGGCAGUGGCUAGCAAGGUAUGCAUCAAUGCCAACAAUGAGACGACACGGGAUGAAGGCGAAAUGUCUCAGAUUCUAUCAACCAACGAUUUUCAGCUGAAGCGUCUGGAUGGGCCGAAAAAAGAGACAAUCGUUUCUUUUCCCCAAAGUUCGUCUACCUCAGAUUCUCAGGCCGUCUCUAAUAAGACAAUUUGUCAGGAACAAAAGCAGUCCCGAGAAGACAAUGAAUAUAAAUUGAUAAAAUCAUCAGAGAUUGGAAAAUGUCCAGAGGGUGCACAAAAAAAGUCAAGAGUGAUCGUUGGUGUUAUUGACAGUGAAGAGACAGCAGGUCCCUUUGUUAGCAAUACGGUGCCUUCUCUCAAGAAUAAUCUACAAGAAAGCACCAUCGAUGAAGUGACCUUGAGCAGAGAGGGCUCUGAGGAUGCGCCGGAUAAAUUUCUGCGAGAUAAUUCGAUAGAACGAAAGGCCAAAAAGCCCAGAUCCAGUAUCAGGUGA